CUACACACACACACACACACGUGCGAGCGCACACACUCCCACAGCCUCCCUGAAGAUGUUGGUGAGCUAGCUGCCUCCCCCUGUUGCCCUGGGGCCAAGAACAGUGUGAAUACAUAUCGUGCACCGCCACACACUCAGACAUGUGACCUUCUGUGUCCCACAGACCCCUGUGGAGGCAGUGCCUGACAGGAGCGGUCUGCCUCUACUAAUCACUACACCACAGCCAAGAAACAGAGCUUGGAACAGACAUUGUGCAUCACGGCCUUGACCUUAUGAAAGGAGGAAUCAGUUUGAGAAACCUCCGCUGCCUCCCACUGUGGGCGACGACCCUGCCGCGGGUAUAAGUAGCUUCCCGGGACUCCAGGACGUCACUGCCUGAACCAGCAGCAACUCGUUCACCAGAGCUGAACCUCAGCAGAGAUAGCAGCAAGCAGGCACUUCCACGCCGCGCAGGCUAACUCGCUUUCGGUUUUGGUUCGAGAUGGUGACCCGUCGCUGCCCGGAGAGGCGCUCCUGCGCCCGCAACUUUAAAGGUGGAUUGUCUCUGUGGCUGAUUCUGUGGCUGGUGGUGGUGAAGCCGGGCGGGGUAUCGGCAUGUCCCAGGCUGUGUGUGUGUUACCCCACGCCCAUGACGGUCAGCUGCCAGUCCCAGAACCUCACCAUAGUGCCGGCCGGUGUGCCGUAUGACUCGCAACGUGUUUUCCUGCAAAACAACCGCAUCACAGAACUGCGUGCGGACUCUUUUGGCUUCGAGACGCAGGUGCUUUGGCUAUACGGCAACAACAUCACAUGGGUCGAGGCCGGGGCCUUCAGUAACCUCCGGGUGCUGGAGGAGCUGGAUCUGGGCGAUAACCCGCUACAUCACCUGGAAGGUGGAGCCUUCAGUGGCUUGGAGAAGCUGCAGAGCCUGCACAUGCAUCGCUGCAAGCUGGCAACUCUCCCCCAUGACCUCUUCCACAAACUCUACAGUCUGCAAUUCCUCUACCUACAGGAGAAUCAGCUCCACUUCCUGCAGGAUGACCUCUUCUCAGAUCUGGUCAACCUCACCCACCUCUUCCUGCACGGAAACCGCAUCCGUGCCCUCUCUGAGAAUGUGUUCAGAGGCCUGGUCAACCUGGACCGCCUCCUUAUCCACGACAACCGUGUCCGGCAGGUCAACCGCCGGGCUUUCCGUGACCUGGGCCGCUUGACCAUUCUUUACUUAUUCAACAACUCCCUGGCCGAGCUGCCGGGCCAGGCCAUGAAAGACACCCAAGGCAUCCAGUUCCUCCGCCUCAACAAUAAUCCCUGGUCCUGUGGCUGUGAGGCUCUUCCCCUUUGGGAGUGGUUCCGCAAGGCCCGCAUCUCCUCCUCUGAGCUCAUGUGCACCUCACCAUCUCAACGUCGUGGCCAGGACCUCAGAUUCCUUCGGGAGAUGGACUUCGCCUUCUGCCCUCUGCCUGACCCCGGCUCUAUGGCAGGAAGCACUACGACCACCUUCAGCACCAAGACCCGCUGGUGGUUCUCCAAGCACAAGCCCGCAUCUUCAUCCAAGACCUCGUACCAGAAGACAACUGACCUAGGGAAAGCCUUCUCUGCGGGCAAGCCUCAGUACCUCCCCAAAAACCCCUCCGAAACCAAGUAUGAACUGUCGGAGGAUGAGGUGGCUCUCCCCAAGCUGGACCAAGAAGAAUACUGGUCCAACUAUGGAAACGAAGACGCCUCCGUUCCCUGCUUCGAGCUGGAGUGCCCCCCAGGCUACAACAACCCCUCAUCCUCCUCCUUACCCAGCACCCCAUCCCUCCUCCACCUCCUCUCCCUCUCCAUAGUCGCAUUCUCCAUCCAUUUCCUAUUUGGCUGAACUAUUCUCUCCUCCAAUCCCUUUUUUCCCUUCUGAUUUCUCCUCCUCGUGCUCUUUCCAACUCUAACAAAAACCUGGAUCUUGAUUCCUUUCAGUUACCUCAUCAACUUGCAGGAGGUGCUACACUGAUGCAGGAGACAGGCGAGGCAGCCGGGAGCUGUUGUAAAGAGCAGAGGUCAGCUGAGCUGCAGUAGAGCAGGGCAGGAUUUCAAUGUUGAAGUAGCUGCUGCUGAUCAGUACAGGCUUGAAAAGGCGCGGCUCAGAUCAUGGAAAGUGACUGUGAUAGUGACGGUACACCGGCAGAAACCGACAACAACAUGAGGAAAGGAUAGAGACACCACAUACACAGAGACCGUUGGUGAUGUCUCCAGACGUGUUUUUUAUAUCGGCUGUAAACAACGCAGGCGUUGUGGAUCAGUGACUGCUAUUUUCUAUAUAAAGUGCACACCAUCCACUGUCCACUAACAUUGUCCCUCACUCAUUUCUUUCAUUUAUUGUGAAUACAAGUGAUUAUACCAGAAGUAGGAGAUCAAUGUGGAUUCACACAGAGAGAAAGAAUUACACAGAGAAGUGAUAAAGUCAAUAGAUGUGAGCAGAGUGAGCUUUAGAUGUGCAUCUAAAUGGAUGAGAGGGUCAUUGGAGCGCUCCUCUUCAGAUUCAAAAGCUGUGUGAUCCCAGAGAUGCCAUCUAACCACCACCACCCACACUUGUACAUACCACACAUGAUGAUUGUACUUACACACAUCCUAAACUGCUCUGUAUUUUAGACUCGCUUGCUUUUUUGUUUUCAUUUUAGUACCAUUCAGUUAUCGACAGCAUGUGGUGAUAGAAGAGAUACUUUAGGUUGUAAAUGGAAGGCAACCAAAGUGAAAAGUGGAAACUCCUCUUUCUCCCCUCGUCUUUUAUGUCUCGUCUUCUUCUCUCAGGCAACCUACAAACAUUGUACUCUUGGUUCUGAUUUUGUGUGUGUUUUAGUUGUGUGGGACUCAGUUUUUGUUGAAUCCUUUACAGCCGUUGUGUUGUUUGAAACAUCGGCUCUCUGUUCCUGCUGGGACUGUGUGCUUAUGUAAAAGGAUGUGUGUAUUUCUUAUCACCUUGGAUCGAAAGUUAGAAAGGUCCCAUGGAUAAACGAAACUACUAGUUUAAAAACUGUAUUGUUUCAGAAAUGCAUGGAAAUAUGUCUUUUUUAUCUGAACAUAUCUGAUUUUUGUAUUGUAUGGUACUCCAAACCAUAAACAGACCGCUGUCGUGCAUCAAAUCAUCUGUCAUAUUAAAACUGGACUUUAUAAGAUAACC